GCGUGGUGAAGUGGAGGCCGGCUAGUUAUAUCAUGGUCCUUUUAAAAACUCCUAAUAUUUUGUAUUGUGCCUCUCCCGCAUUUGAAUUCCGUCAAUCAGUUGUAUAUCAGGACUUUUUUUCGAAAUGAACUCCAUCAAGAAAAAUAUACAAGACACAUACAAAAAGGAAUAUCUUGCGCUUAAUAAAAGAAACGAUGGUAGAGAAUUAAUGAACUUCCGAGAUGCGUCACUUAAUUUAAGCACAAUACACACAGCAGAUGGAUCGGCAGCAGUCAAAGUUGGGAAUACAGCUGUUGUUUGUGGCAUCAAAGCAGAACUAGGUGUUCCUAAAGCUGAAACUCCAGAUAUUGGAUAUCUUUUAGUAAAUAUUGAACUACCUAGCCUAUGCUCUAAAAAGAUUCGACCUGGAAUCCCAUGUGAUGAAGCAAUGCAAAUUACCAGCUUCCUUAAUGAAGUGUGUAAUAAUUGCAAAAUACUAGAUCUACAACAAUUGUGUAUUUCUGUUGAUAAAUUAGUGUGGAUCUUGUCAUGUGAUAUAUAUUGUUUGAACUAUGAUGGAUCUGUCUUAGAUGCAUGUUUGAUAGCCUUGUUAUCAGCACUACAAACAGUUAAGAUACCAGAAGUAAAAUAUGACAAAGAAACUGAAGAAACAAUUGUAGUUGAAAAUUACAUUCCAUUAAAAGUUAACAGUUUACCAGUAUCGUCAACUUUUGGGGUAUUUAAUGAAAAAUACAUUUUAGCUGACCCAACUGAAGAAGAAGAGCAAUUAUGUGUUAGUAAAUUGACAGUUGUGACCAAUGGUUCCUUAUUAUUUUCAUUACACAAACCUGGCGGAGAAUUCAUAAAAGAUAUCCAAAUUCAAAAUUGCAUUAGUCAUGCUAAUAACAGAGCAAAUACAAUUUAUCAAUUAAUAAAAGCUGCACAAUAAAAUAAUUUGUAUAACAUUUUUGUUUUUGCAAAACAUGCAAUUUGUUUACCAUUUGUUGUUGUUAUUACUUAAAUGUUUUUUUUUAAUUUUAACUCAUGAUAUAAAACUAAAUUUAUGCCAGAAGUAACUAAAACUUAGUUCUUCUAGUAAUAAUUUGGGAAUAAAUGUUUGUA